GUGAGUAUUUUAAAAGAAAAUUUAAGGUGUGUACAAAGAAGAUUUUGUGAUAUAAUAAGAAUUCAUCAAAGCUCUCUUUCAAUUUUGUUUCAUAUCUCUUUUGUUUUGAUGAAUUAUGAUGUUCUUUUUGGAGAUCUCAGCUUCAACAGACUCAGUGGGGAAAUUCGAAAUCUUUCUGCACUUAAUUUGAAACAAAUGUUUUUAAAUGGAAACAACUUUACUGGAGCAGUCCCUCCAUGGAUAAGGGAAACAACAAAGGAUAUGGAUCUCUCAUAUAACAACUUCACAAGCACAGGUGUUUCAAGCUGCCAACAAAGUGGCCUGAACUUGUUUGCAAGCACUUCAAGGAUCUAUAACUCUGGAAUUGUUUCAUGUUUGGAAAGCCCUAACUGUCCAGCAGAACCUUUGCACUCUAUUUUUAUAAACUGUGGAGGGAGCACAGAAACUUUUAAUGAUACAACGUUUAAUGAUACAAUCUAUGAAGCUGAUGAUGAUGGAGCUGGGCCUUCAACAUAUUUUCGAAGUAAAUUUUUCCCAAGUACUUGGGCAUUUAGCAGCACUGGUAUUUUUUUGGAUGAUGAGAAGAACCCGGACAUCCUUGUUUUGGAAAAUACACAGCUUUCGAGUAGUGGUGGUGAACUCUACAAAAAUGCACGACUUUCACCUAGCUCUUUGACUUACUAUGCAUUCUGUCUGGAUAAUGCAACAUACACCGUAAACCUCCAUUUUGCAGAGAUACAGUUCACUGAUGGUCAAAAUUAUAGCAGUUUAGGGAGGCGGAUAUUUGAUAUUUACAUUCAGGGAAAGCAGGUGCGGAAGGAUUUCAAUAUUAAGGAUGAAGCAGGUGGGGCUGGCAAACCAAUUGUGAAAAAUUUUACUGCAAAUGUGACUGAUGGUACUUUGGAGAUCCGUUUGCAUUGGGCUGGAAAAGGGACAACAUCUAUUCCCGUGAAAGGAGUUUACGGUCCUCUUAUCUCAGCAAUAUCUGUUAUUGAUCCUGAUUAUAGACCUCCAUCAGAAAAUGGAGGUGGUAUCACUGCAGGUGCGGUGGUUGGUAUUGUGGCUGGAGCAGUGGCUGGAACAGUAUUCGCUACUUUCCUGAUUGUGGGCAUCAUUUGGUGGAAUGGCUGUUUAAGACGGAAGAGUACAUUGGAACAAGAUCUAAAAGGUAUAGAAUUACAGACCAGUUCCUUUACCUUAAGGCAAAUACAAGCUGCUACAAACAAUUUUGAUGCUACUAAUAAGAUUGGAGAAGGUGGUUUUGGUCCCGUUUACAAGGGCAUUCUGGCAGAUGGUACAGUAAUUGCUGUUAAGCAGCUAUCAGCUAGAUCAAAGCAAGGAAAUCGUGAGUUUGUGACUGAGAUUGGCAUGAUUUCAGCUCUACAACAUCCUCAUCUAGUAAAGCUGUAUGGAUGUUGCAUUGAAGGAAAUCAAUUGAUGCUUGUAUACGAGUACUUGGAAAACAACAGCCUUGCUCGUGCAUUGUUUGGCCCAGAAGAAUUUCAGUUGAAACUGGACUGGCCAACAAGACGGAAGAUUUGCAUUGGUAUCGCAAGAGGCUUAGCUUAUCUCCAUGAAGAAUCAAGGUUGAAGAUUGUUCAUAGAGACAUUAAGGCAACCAAUGUGUUGCUUGAUAAGAAUCUAAACCCUAAAAUAUCUGACUUUGGUUUGGCCAAGCUGGAUGAAGAGGACAAUACCCACAUUAGCACCCGAAUUGCUGGAACUUAUGGCUAUAUGGCUCCUGAAUAUGCAAUGCACGGUCAUUUAACUGACAAAGCUGAUGUAUAUAGUUUUGGGAUUGUGGCCCUUGAAAUUGUUAGUGGCAAGUGCAACACUAAAACCUGGUCAAAGGAAGAACCUAUCUAUCUCCUUGAUUGGGCUCAUGUUUUGAAGGAGAAAGGGAACAUAUUGGAUUUAGUCGAUCCAAGAAUAGGCUCUGAUUGCAACGUAGACGAGGUGAUGGUGGUGAUCAAUGUAGCUCUCCUAUGCACAAAUCGUACUGCUGCAGCUAGGCCUUCCAUGUCUUCUGUGGUGAGCAUGCUUGAAGGCAGGGCUGCUGUUCAGGAGUUCUUUACUGAUUCAAGUAUUUCUGCAAAUGAGUUGAAUGUUGAUGCUGUGAAAAAGUUGUACCAGAAACUUGAAGAAAAUGAUGCAGAUUACAGCCAGACAAGGAGUAUGUUAGCGGAUGGGCCAUGGACUUCUUCUACAUCUGCUGCUGAUCUCUAUCCAGUCAAUUUGACUUCUGGUUAUUGGCAGAAUAGAGAUUCAACAAAUUAAGAAAAUUGUCUGAUUAACAGUAGGGAAACCUACGAGUCAGACAACGUACAUUUUUCUUGUUUACCUUAAUUCCCCCCACGGUUAGCACUAUUUCUUUCUUUCAAAAUUUGGAUUACCGUAUUUAUGCAGUUGCAAAGGAUAAUAAUUAGUGUGAUUUGAAAAAUAGUACAUUUCAAGAGAAAAUAAAUCAAAACAAUGUCCUUUGACUGAAGUCAUUUUUACUUAAAGCUAAUAACACAAAACUAUGAUUCAUGUCCUUAUUUUGUUUCAAUUUCCAGAUAGGAUAGGCAACAGAACUAGUGUCAGGAGGAACAGGAUUUCUAUACUAGCACAUAGUUGCCAGCAGGUUUCAAUCAAUUCCAGAUUUCAUGGCUGUUACUUCUUCCACACUUACCCUAUGCGGUCUUUUUUUAUGACUCUUUGAUGGAAUAUGCUAAGAAUUCUAUAGCAGUUUUUGGCCAGGGGACGAAUGAUUCCACAUCGGUGAUAUAUUAGUAAUCAGCAUUCACUAACAACCAUUGCUGUUCUUUUCACUGGAACCAUUGUCACAUCUGGUGCACUUGUGCACAACACUGUUAUCUUGUUAGACAUUACUUCAUUUUUCGUUUUCGUCUCUAGGAAAUUUCUUGAAGUUUCAACCACCCUGUAACAACUUGAAGAAAACAACAGAGGAUGAUUAGUGUGAGAGCAUAAUAACAUCUCCUGGUAUUUGAGUCACCAUUGUUCCGGGCCACAAGGCAUAGAGCUUAUCCAUUUCUUAGCUAUGCUUACUAACCCCUUAUAGAAUUUGAAUAAGGUUUGUUCAGUUCAUUCAUAGCGUGUCAAUCACAUCUCCAACUUCAGAGAAUUAAGAGACAAUUCAUUUCGUUUUUAAGAAUUUUUUUUUCCUUUCCACAAACAUGAAAAAUGCAACAGCAGCCGCUGCAGCAUGAAUUCAUAUAAAAUUGUUGUCAGUCAGUCCAUCUAUGUCAAUCCUUUUCAAGAAAUCAUUGUCAAUGACAUUUCAUGAAUUUGUUAUUGCAUGGAAACCAAACAAAAGAGGCUAUAAAGGGGGUUCAUUACAGCUGUUGCUUCCAUGAAAUAAGUAAUCCAAAGACAUUUCAAAUUUCUACUUUA